AAAUGGCCACGUUUAAACGAAGACUGAUUAUGAUUUAUGGAGUGGUUUGACUUUUGACACCGGAGACAAGCGCGUAACGGACGAUGGCCGGAAAUUGGUUGCUGCCGGCGGAAACCACCACUAGCGGUCGUCCAGUUCUUCGCCCCGGUGAGGUGGAGUCUUCUCUACAACCCUCCGUCGACCUGGUCAACGAAGAAAACCCUAAUUUGCCCAGUUUCAAGUCCGGUCUUCUCAUUCUGACCACCUACCGUAUCCUCUGGCUCCCUAACCCUGACUCAACUCCAUCCCCUUCGACCUCGGCGGCGGUGGCAGUUCCUCUCGGUGCCGUUACUCACAUCUUUCAGUCCAAGAAGUCUAUCAAGGGGAUGUUUGCCAGUCCUAGGGUUAGAUUCCAGGUGUCGGUUACGACUGAGGGAAGAGUGCAAGAGAGGGGUUCUAAAUCAAUGGUGAUUACAUUAGUUUUUCGAGGGAAAUCGGAUCCCGAUUCGUUUGUGGUGAAGUUCUGGGAGGCCUAUAGAGGAAGAGCAUGGGAAGGUUCAGUUUCUGCUUCGGCGGAAGGUGUGGAGGGUCCAGCUUUCUUGGGUGAUGGUGGUGGGUCAAGUAGUAGUGAUACAGGAUUGGCGUUGAAAAUGCCGGUGGUUGGGGUUUCAGGAAUACUGAGAAAGGAGCAAGAGAUGUGGGAGAGUACUGAUAAGAGCUUGCAGGAUGCAUUUCAAGACUUGAAUGCUUUGAUGAAUAAAGCUAAAGACAUGGUGAUGCUAGCUGAAAAAAUGAGGCAAAAACUUCUUUCCGGAUCGAAUUCUCAAGUCAAUGCGACAAAUGACGAGGAGAUGGGUUCCAAAGAAGAGAUGCAAGACUGGUUGUUAAGUGUUGGUAUUGUCUCCCCUGUCACAAAAGAGUCAGCUGGGGCCUUGUACCACCAACAGUUGUCUCGUCAGUUGGCUGAUUUCGUGAAAACUCCAUUAGAGAGAGCUGGGGGAAUAAUGAAUCUUAUAGAUAUCUACUGUCUCUUCAAUCGUGCCCGUGGAACAGAAUUGAUUUCACCUGAUGAUUUGCUGCGGGCAUGUUCACUAUGGGAGAAGUUCAAUGUUCCAGUAAUGCUCAAGAAGUUUGAAAGUGGGGUCAUGGUCAUCCAGAAUAAGUCGCACAGUGAUGAAGAGGUAUUUUCUAGAAUCAGAUCCCUAGUACAAAAGCCUGAUGCCCUUCAAAUUGGGGUCAGCGCCACUGACGCUGCAAGAACGCUCGGAAUUGCUCCAGCUAUGGCCAAGGAGCAUCUGCUUGCUGCUGAGAGCAAAGGUUUUCUAUGCAGAGAUGUGAGCCCUGAUGGUUUUCGUUUCUAUAUCAACAUAUUUCAAGACAUUGAUCCGAAUGAUGAAUACUUAGUGAAAGAGUAUGGGGUUUAUGAUUCAUGGAUUCGUGCUGCAAUUGCUUCCAGGUAAGAAGGGAUGACGAGCAACGACUAACAGCUUGGUAUCGAGAGUCAAGAUCCCCAUUUUGCACCAACUUUAAAUAAGGUAGCAUGGGAUAGGGAAGUAACACCUUUCAUAUGGUCAUUAAGAUUAGGGUGGUUCCCUACUCUUUCAAGGAAAAGAGAAGAUAAGGGUGAAAAGUGAUGGCAAUCUAAGAUGAAUGAUAUCUGGUCACUUUUCCUGCUUUUAUUUUUGAUUUAGUUGAACAGUCAUGAAAAGGAAGAUGAAUAUAUAUUUUAACCACUUGAGUGGAGUGCAUAACUUUAUACAGGUUUAAGUGUCUUUUUGAGUUGCUUCCAAGAACUCUCCUCAUUUAAUCACCACACUUGAUUUA